AACGGUGUUCACAGCUCACCAGCUGGAGGAGCUGGAGAAGGCUUUCAACGAAGCUCACUACCCCGACGUCUAUGCCCGGGAGAUGCUGGCCGUGAAGACAGAGCUGCCGGAGGCCAGGAUACAGGUUUGGUUUCAGAACCGAAGAGCCAAGUGGCGGAAGCGGGAGAAGUGCUGGGGCCGGAGCAGCGUGAUGGCCGAGUACGGCCUCUACGGGGCUAUGGUGAGGCACUCCAUCCCUCUGCCCGAGUCCAUCAUCAACUCUGCCAAGAGCGGGCUGGUGGGAUCCUGCGCCCCAUGGCUGCUUGGCAUGCACAAAAAGUCCAUGGAGGUGAGCAGGAAGAUGGAGAGCCAAGAGAAGCUGGCAGAUGGCUGGCGAGCGGAGCAGGAGGAGGAGGAAGUCAAAGGGAAGCAGGCCAGCUCCCAGAGGGGCUCUGACAAGAUUGGCGCUGCAAAAGAUUUGGAGGACACAGCCAUUGACCUCUCCAGGACAGCCAAGCAUGAGAAGAGGGGUGUACUGAGGCAGUGCAUCAACGGGGAUCCCUCCAUGGAGCAGAAGGAUGGGGACCACUGA